CAAUGGCCGACAGCGAUCGGACAAGUAGUGAAGUGUAAUUUGUCUUGAGAAAAAUGGAAACAGAGAAUUCUGCAGGGGAAGGGUUCCCUGAUUUGAUAUCUGCUGCGUUGCAUGGUGCUGGAAUCUCUGGUGAGGACUUGGCCUUUGACUUCAGUGACUUUGACGAUGGAAGCAGCGACACUGCCAAGAAGGCUGAUGAUGUCCCAGAAGAGUCUCCUGCAUACAUUUCCCAGCCUGCCUCUCAAGUCCUGUCCCAAAUUCCCCAACAGCCCACAGUACACAACACAAGCAGCUCGGCCAAUGUUAUGCGCAAGCUGGCCAAUCAAGCUCAACAGCAACAGCAGCUAUUACUCACACAGACAGUGCCUGCUGCCAGUCAAAAAAUGACAAUUAUCAAUCCACCGCAUCUGCGAGCUCAGCCGGGCGGGCUCAUAAAUGCCACAGUGGUGUCCUCUGGCGUGAGAGGCCCGCAACCUCAGACUGUCAGGCUUCAUGCGGUGUCAUCUCAGUCGACGUCUUCCCCUCAGGGGGUGCAGUCGUUCAGGAUUAUCCGCGGUCCUGCACCUGCUGUACGGACUCAGUCCAGUGUGGUGGUCCAGCCUUCCUCGACACAGGGUCAGCUUCGCAGCCAACCCAUUCCGCGGCACCUGGUUCAAGCAGUGUCGCAGCCGGGGAUGCCUCAGGUGAUCUCAACCCAUGCCUUGACCAGUGUUCCCUCUACUUCUUCUGGCCAGGAAAGUCGAGGAGUGAAAAACAUCAUACGUAUUCCAGCUUCUUCCUUGGGGAAUGGUUUAGGGCAAGGACAGCAAGUGAUCAUUCAGCAGCCUGGGGACAAUGGUCAAGUGGUGCGGGUCACCUCGCGGUCUGGCAAGCCUGUCACUACUGAAGACAUCACCAAAAUUGUCAGCUCACUGCCCAAGCUGAAGAGUGGGGCGAAAAUAAUCGUCAACUCAGGUCCAAACUUUGCAGGAGAUUCAAAGCAGCAGACCAUUCAGCUGAUUACCAAGCCCCCGCCCCCAACAGUAGCGCCAGUCUCUGUUCAACUGGCUGACCCCUCUCCUGUCAUGGCCGUCCCGGGCAGUCAGCCCAAGGCCAUGACCUCCCUCAUCAUGCCCCGCCCCAUCGUCAACAGUCGGGUCACCGCCCCCUCUCCCCGCUCCGUCUUGCCGUCCUCGCCCCUGACAGUCUCUAAGCCGACCGCAGCAAAUCCAAAGAUCUCUAGGCUGACCUAUGCCCCUGGCGCUGGCCUUCCACACAAACUUGGCCAGAUGGGGGCCUUGUCGGGGCUGGGGCUCCCCUCGUCUGUGGGGGGCCUGAGCAAUAUUCCUGAUGUGCCGCAUCUUGGCCAUGUGAAAAUGUCCAUGUCGAGCAAAGACCUCACCAAAGCGUGGAAAGAUCACAAUGCUCUGCGUAGAGUGCACAGUGCCCAGAACUUACAGAGAGGCUUGAAUCGGAUCCCACCUGAAGAAGAAGAAAUUGAGGAAGAAGUUGAAGAGCUGGGGCACGCUGAAACCUAUGCUGAAUAUAAGCCGAGCAAAUUGAACUUUGGCAAGAAGCACCCGGACCCCGUGGUGGAGACGAGCUCCCUGUCCAGCGUGGAGCCGCCAGACGUCAAGUACCAGCUGCGCAUCCUGGACGAGUGCGUGGACGAGGGGGGCAAACUGUCCGCCUUGCAGCUCGAGUCCAUCACCUACGCCUGCCAAAGGCACUCGACCGUCUUGCCAAAUGGAGAGAGGGCCGGGUAUCUCAUCGGGGAUGGUGCUGGUGUAGGGAAAGGGAGGACCAUUGCUGGUGUGAUAUUUGAGAAUUACUUGCAUCGAAGGAAGAGAGCAUUGUGGUUGAGUGUUUCCAAUGACUUGAGAGUGGAUGCAGAGAGGGACCUUAGAGACAUAGGCGCUGGACAUAUUGAUGUUUACCCUUUGAACAAGUUUAAGUAUUAUGCGAAAAUUAGCAGCAAAGAGAACAACAGUUGCAAGAAAGGAGUGAUUUUUGCUACCUACUCGUCUCUGAUUGGUGAGAGUCAAGCGGAGGGGAAGUACAACACAAGGCUGAAGCAGUUACUCAAGUGGCUCGGGCAUGACUUUGAGGGCCUCAUCGUGUUUGAUGAAUGUCACAAAGCCAAAAACCUGUGCCCCACGGGUUCCAGCAAGCCCACGAAGACAGGCCAGACUGUGCUGGAACUCCAGAACCGCUUGCCCAAAGCUCGGGUGGUCUACGCGUCUGCCACUGGGGCAUCAGAACCCAGGAACAUGGCCUACAUGACGCGGCUGGGCCUCUGGGGACAGGGGACACCCUUCAAAGAGUUUACUGACUUUAUUCAGGCUGUGGAGAGAAGGGGAGUGGGUGCCAUGGAGCUUGUUGCAAUGGAUGCCAAACUGAGAGGGAUGUACAUUGCUCGACAGCUCAGCUUUCACGGUGUGUCUUUCAAAAUUGAUGAAAUCCCCUUGGAAAAGGACUUCAUCAAAGUGUAUAAUUUGGCUGUUGAAAUGUGGGUGGAAGCACGAGAAAUGUUUCAACAAGCUGCAGAAUUGAUUCAAGCGGAGCACCGCAUGAAGAAGAGCAUGUGGGGCCAAUUCUGGUCUGCCCACCAGCGCUUCUUCAAGUAUUUGUGUAUCUCGUCCAAAGUUAAUCACUGUGUCGAUUUGGCUCGCGAGGCUGUGAAGUUUGGAAAGUGUGUGGUGAUUGGUUUGCAAUCUACCGGAGAAGCCAGGACGAUGGAGCAGGUGGAGGAAGCUGGUGGUGACCUCACAGACUUUGUCUCCACGGCCAAGGGAGUGUUUCAGUCGCUGGUGGAGCGUCACUUCCCAGCCUCGACUCGUGGGCGGGCCCUGGACAUCAUCAAACAAGUCAGCAACAGCCACAUCAACAGAGACUCCCCGGACCCGUGGAAGAGGAAACGAGAUUCUGAUGACCUGGCUCCCAGCAAGCGUCAGAAGAUGGACAACGACAGCAGCGAUCCAGAGAGCAACGACUCUGAUUCCUCCGACCUGGAUGGCAUUGACUUCAUGUCCUCCUCUAACUCAUCUGACAGUGAUGGCGAAGAACACAACCCCUUUGCUAAUGGCUGGAACAGCGAUGAGGAUGAUCCAUGGUGUCAGAAGAAGAAGAAAAAGAAGGAGGUGCCAAAAAAGAAAAAGAAAGUUAAAAAGAAGGAGAAAGAGUCGAAGAACAAAGAGAGUGACAAUGAGGAUGACGAGUUUGACCGAGCGUUGGCAAAGGCUGGUUUGUUGAAUAAACCUUCAACAACGAAUGGUCUUGAUGGGCAUGCAGGAAACUGGGAGAAAGCGAGUGCCAUGAAGUCGGAACUUUUGUCGCGCAUUGAGUUCCUGGGAGAGAAGUUGCCGCCCAACACUCUUGACCAAUUGAUUGACGAAUUAGGGGGACCAGAAAAUGUUGCAGAGAUGACUGGUCGAAAGUCACGGGUGGUGUCCACACAUGAUGGUGUACAAUUUGAAUCUCGCUCUGAAUCAGAUGUCCCGUUGGAAAUCCUGAACCUUACAGAGAAGCAGAGGUUCAUGGAUGGGGAAAAGUGUGUGGCUAUCAUCUCAGAAGCAGCCAGUUCCGGUAUCUCGUUGCAAGCUGACAGACGGGCUCAGAACCAGAAGCGGAGGGUGCACAUCACCCUGGAGCUGCCCUGGAGUGCAGACAGAGCUAUCCAGCAGUUUGGGAGCCUUGACUCAUGGCGACAGGAGAGCCACAGAAACAAGAGAUCUGAGUCGUUUCAAUAUUGAUAAUAAGUAUGGCCGUGUGGCCCUUGAAACUGUGAUGAAAUCCGUCCUGGACAUCCAAAUGGAUGUUCCCACUGUGCAACCACCCAAGAAUUACCAAGGAGAUUUUUUCAAAGAUGUGAAGGACGGUUUGGUCGGUGUCGGUAUGAUCAACAUUGAUCCUCGAACUGGCCAUGCCAGUUUGGAGAAAGAUUUCAACAACAUUUCCAAGUUCCUCAACCGCAUCCUGGGCAUGAAGGUGGCUGUGCAGAAUGCCUUGUUUAAGUAUUUCACCGACACGCUCACCUCCAUCAUCCUGGAUGCUAAGCGCAACGGGCGCUGGGAUAUGGGAAUCUUGGAUUUGGGUUCUGGAGAGGAGAAGGUGCGUAAGAUCGAGACCAAAAUCUUUGUGGGCAACACUGCCACCAACACCGCUAAGACGGAACUGACCAAGUUUGCAGUGGAGCGUGGCAUGCCUUGGCACUCGGCCAUUGAGCUUUGGCGUCGGUGUGGCUCGCUGGAGGAGGGCUUCUACUGCACGCUGCAGGACCGUAUCUUCAAGAAAACGGUGGUGCUGGCGGUGGUUCAGGGCAAGAACAAGAAGCGGGAGCUGAUGUACAACCUGUACCGGCCCAACACGGGCCUGCAGGGCCGCUGUGAGACGCUGGAGGAGAUAAAGAAAAAGUACAAGAAGUGCCUGCCGGACGUGGCUGAGCCCCUGUGGGAGGACCAGUACACCUCCUCAGAGACGCAUUGUAGCCAUAAGUACCUACGCGGCAACUGUCGGAAGGCGGCCACUGGCCAGCAGUGUGAGUUCGGCCUGCGUACCCGGUUCUACCACGUGCUCAGCGGCUCAGUGCUCAGUGUGUGGAGCAAGGUGGAGAGUGUGCUGGUGGGGCUCAAUGCCGCCUCACGCAUGCAGAUCAUCCGGCUCAGGACGGAGGAAAAUCAGCGCAUUGUUGGAAGCCUGAUUCCUCCAGCGGGCGUGUAUCCUUUGGAGCGAGUCUUGAGUCAAGAUUCUGCUAAAACAUACACAGAGAAACAUGACAAUCCUUUUGAGUUCCUCAACCAGCAGCAGCAUCAACAACAGCAGCAGCAGCAGCAGCCACAGCCGUCCUACAUUCCCCGCAACAACUUCUCCAGCAGCAGCAGCUUUCCCAACAGUCUGUUGUCGUCUUCCAGCGGUCGGAGCAACAGCAUCAACAGCACCCACAAUUUCAACAACAGCAGCGGUGGCAGCAUGUAUGUCCGCAAUGACUCUGCUUUGAGCGACGCCGGCGGCCCGGUGGAGAGCCCUGUGGCUGUGGAGGAGGUGGAGGAGAAGCCCGAGCUGCUCAGCAUGCCCACCCUGGUCUGGUAGUUCAUAGUGCUGGUGACAGUGACUCUUGUAUAGAGCUUCCCAGUGACAGUUACUAUCAUAAAUCUGGCCUGCGUGCCUAGCCUGGUGUGACAGUGACCGUUACAGGGCUGCCUAGUGACGGUUACUACUGUCAUAGACCUCGACAUAACGCACGCCUUGGAGUGAUACUUUAUAGUGCUGGUGACAUUUACUGACAUACAGUUGACCAUUACAGAAUCUCUGUAUUGUCAGUGACAGUGAUAAUUACUGUCAUAAACUUGGCCUACAAGCCCGUCCAGGUGUGAUAGAUUAGUGCCGGUGAAAGUUGACUGACAAAAAGUUGACCCAUGACAGAAUUUCUGUGUUGUCAGUGACAGUUACUGAGUUAGAGCUGCUCAGUGACGUUACUGACGUUGGGUUGGCCGUGAGUAGAUCUGUGUGUUGUCAGUGACGUGCCGUGCUGUUCUCUUUGGACCACCAUCACUGCACAGUUGUCAGUUGCUUUGCUGUCAUCGGUGUAGAGUUGCCGAUGACAUUUCACAGAUCUGUCGGUGACAGUUGCUACAGAAGCUGUCUGGAACGGACCUGCCUUCGGUUGUGCUGUUGUUAGUGACGAUGAAUACCAAAGAGCUGCCACUGCUGUAAAGUUUUGGAUGGCGGUGAUUUCGGCAUUGAUGUGGAGAAGGCUUACUCUCAUGGGAUUUGAUUGCUGACUUGACCUAGAGGAGUGGAUGGAAGUGGAACAACUUAGGGUUGCCUUGGAGGGUAUAUCAACAGGGUCACCGUUUGGAGUUUGUGAAUGUUGAACAAUACCCUUUUGGAGUAUGUGGGAUGUGGUUCAUACACCAUCGUGUCUUUCAGCUCAAGCAUUACAUUCGUAGUGUCUAAAUGAGGCUUGAGUGUUUCAUUUCUAGAGAAGCAGUAUAUUUUUCCUGAAAGUGUUUAGGACCACCCCCCACCCUCACUCAUGCACCCACACACACACACACACAUACAUCUCAUUUUGAAUGUGUUUGCUUCAUGUGUAGGUUUUUAUUAAAUUGCAGCCUGCUGCAGGCCUCAAAACUU